AUGAAGUCUGCUCUCAUUCUCGGCUUGGUGAGCUCUGCGCUCGGUGCGGCAAUCCCCGAGGAUGUCCCUACCCGAACUUUGGAAUUCCCUCAAUUCCCCGGCAGCGGACCCGCUGGCCCAACCCGUCAUGCGGAGGCCCGCGGUGAGGUCGAAUGGGGAGGCGCUGCUCCCGACCCAGACAAGGUCCAAAUUGUUGGUCUCACGUACGGCGGUUCUGGAUGCCCCUCCAACACUGUCAGCCACAUCCUCUCCGAUGACCGCCAGGUGAUGACUCUCAUCUUCGACGAAUACGUUGCCGCCAUUGGUCCAGAUGUUCCAAUCACCCAAAGCCGCAAGAACUGCCAGUUGAACAUCAACCUCCGCUACCCAGGUGGCUUCCAGUUCUCCAUCUUCUCCGCCGACUACCGUGGCUACGCUAGCCUUGAAAGAGGCGUCACUGGUACCCAGAAGAGUACCUACUACUUCUCUGGCCAGACCCAACAGACCCACACCGAGACCAACUGGAAGGGUCCAUUCGACGACGAUUUCCUCCUGCACGAUGAGGCUGAGAAUUCCUCCACUGUCUGGUCUCCUUGCGGCACGAACGGCGCUCUCAACAUCAACUCCCAAAUCCGCCUUAACAGCUCUAACCGCCAGGCUCGCGGUAUCAUGACCAACGACUCUUUGGAUGCCAGCUUCAAGCAGAUCGUCCACUUCCGCUGGCAAGAGUGCACCAAAUAA